AGUGCCUGCCCGCUCGGCCACCACAACGCACCAUCGCCGCGCUCUGUCGCUCUAUGCACGGCGCGUGCAUAUAUAUACGUUAUACGCGAGCUGCAGCGACCAGACAGCCGACGUCGCGGACUGCUAACCUGUACCUACGUCAGAGAGCUGGGACUACUGUGUGCCACUACAUACCCUGCGUGCGUGUGCGGUGCGACUGUGUCCCCGUCUGCAGUGCGGCGGGCUAUAUAUACGCGUAUGCAAUUCUGUGCAGUAGCAGCAGCCGAGCGCUGAAAAAGGGGGAACGCGUGUGCAGCAGCAGUUAGUAGGCCCCUUCAUCUCUCUCAGCUCCGCUCUCUGCUCUGCUCUGCUCUGCUCUGCUCUGCUCUGCUCUGCUCUGCUCUGCUCUGCUCUGCUCUGCUCUGCUCUGCUCUGCUCUGCUCUGCUCUGCUCUCGAGUCUCGACCGCCGCUGCAGUGCAUCAAUCCAGUGCAUCUAUCCGUUCGCGCGCUCGACGUAAUGUGAUAAUUCAGUGCAACGACGAGCAGCAGCAGAAGCGGCGCAGAGGCCCGGUGCAGUGUUAUAGAGAGCAUCGGAGCAGCGCGCGCGGCCCGCAAAAACGACCAGAAAUAACAGAGAGCUUGCUCCGCUCGCGCGCAGAGUAGGGGCUGCUGCUGCUGCUGCUGCUGCUGCUGCUGCCGCCGUCGCCGCCGUCGUCGCCGCCGCUCUCUAUACUGCUACUCAAAAGAGGCGUGCAAAACAUCGGCCAGAAGACGAGCACGACGACGAGGAGAGAGAAAAAGCAGCUCAAGAAGAAGAGGAGCAAGAGCAAGAAGAGAACGGCUACUACUACUGCGCUGCGUUCCAUCCGCGUGAAUCCUCGCGGCUCUCUGCUAUACUCGUACCCAUACUACUUGUCACCUGCGCGCUGCAGUCUGGCUCUCCAUGUGGUUCCCCGAUGCAGCGGCAUAGCUGAGCAGACGAGGAGGAAGGACACACAUACACACGGCUACGUCGACAUGUGCCAACGGCAGCGAGCAAUAACGAAGCAGCAGCGCAGGCCAGCGACCCGCGGCUGCACGCCGCCACCGCCGCCGCCUCUCGAACCUGUAUUUCGCUCGAUCGCAACUCCUUCUCCUUCCCCGGCUCACCGCUGCUGAGAGAGAGAGAGAGAGAGAGAGAGAGAGAGAGAGAGAGAGAGAGAGAGAGAGAGACGAGGGAGAAGGAGAGACGGCGCCGACGACCUUCGAGGACGCGCGCCACGAGAGGAAGGAUAUACGAGACACGGCUGGCUGCUGCCUGCCUGCCUGCUCUCUGCCCACACACUCAAGAGAGAGAAGAGAGAGAGAGAGAGAGAGAGAGCGAGCGAGCGAGAGAAGGAGAAAAGAGUUCUGCUGCCGCCGCUGCUUUCCUUUGAGACGACCACGGCUUUUUCUCGUCCCUGCAAUUUUGAUCCGAGCUCGUGGAGGUUAAUGCUCCAGCUAAAAGACUGACUGACCGUCAGAAGGAGAGAGGAGAGUUUUUUUCCUGUGCCAAUGGGUCCUCGACGGAGGCCCUCCAUUAGAACUGCCAGCUCCAAGUGCAGUUGACCAGUGAGGAAGGUUCAGUGCGAGUCUAGAUAGUGAGCAGAUUGGUGGUGUUCCAUGACAAGUGCAGUGAGAUACGUGCCAGGAAGAUGAAUCUGCUCCACCUGGACUACCAUGCGUGCAACUGUGCGUGCGACUGAGUAGUGCUGUUGUUGCUGUUGUAGACAAAUGUUCAGUGAUUCUGGUGUUUCUGGUCUUCCUUUACUUCGUUAUAGUUUUCUAGUUCUCUAGAGAGCAAGUCACAAUGGAGUCGCUACUGCCUAACGAUACCAAUGCCCAGUCCUACACUCCGCAGCUCAAGUCGGUGCUAAAGACAUAUCAGCUAUCGGCCACAAAGAGCCUGCAGGGUCCUAGUUCCGCCCUGCUAGGCAUGGACUGCAAGGGACUUCUUCAGGAGCAGGCUAAUUUUCACAGAUUUUCACCACCCGGUUGCGGGGUGGCCUGCAACCUGGAACCUGUGUCUGAAAAGACCACCAAGGGGAUGAUCAAGAGGGAUGAUUCUCCUUUACCAAUUGCCGCAUCGUGCAAAGAACUGAGAGCAGAACCUGUGGACUCUGAUGAUGAUCCACCCUGGAGGCCAAGGGUACUCGAAAAGCGCGAGCUGGAGUUCCCGAUACCGAUCCUCACGGCGCCGGACCAGUCCUGCUCGGAGCGCUGCGAGACCGUGCUGGAGGGCGAGAGGAUCGCGUGCUUCGUCGUGGGCGGCGAGCCCCGGCUCUGUCUGCCUCAGAUCCUGAACUCGGUGCUGCGCAACUUCAUGCUCUCGCAGAUAAACGCUGUCGUCGAGGAGCUGCAGAUCUACUGCUCGCACUGCACGAGCGAGCAGCUCGAGGAGCUCAAGCGCUCGGGCAUCUUGCCGCGCACCGCACCCUCCUGCGGCCUCAUCACCCAGACGGACGCGGAGCGCCUCGUGAGCGCGCUUCUCCAGAGGACCGAGGAGCCCUACCUGGCGAGCAGCGACAAGCAGCGCCUGCUCGCCAGCGAGAAGAAGAUGGCCAACGGCGGCGUCGACCACGAGAAGAGCUUGUUCUCGCGCUUCGAAGUGUACCACGAGUGCUUCGGCAAGUGCAAGGGCAUCUUCGACGCGGACGCCUUCGUCUCGGAGGACUCCGCCUGCGUUGAGUGCCUCGAGUGCGGUUGGAAACUCUCGCCUAAGCGCUUCGUUAGGCACGUGCACAGCUCGCUCGAGAACAGCACCUGCCACUGGGGCUUCGACUCCACGAACUGGAGGUAUUAUCUGCUGCUCUCGAUGAAAAAGGAGAAACACACUCAGCAGACCUACAGCAAGCUCGACAACUUCUACAGUGACCUGAAAAAACGGCAUCUGCUGCCCAACUCGAAGCGGAAAUACGAGAUGCAGCAGGAGUCGGAGAAGCCGACGAAACAUUUCAAAAAAGACUUUGGUAGAGAGGACUUCAUCAGCAGCGGCCUUUACAAUGGCAACGGCCUCGGGGUGUUCCAUCCGGCCUGGGCGGCGGCUGCCGUCAACGACCCCUACCUGCGCACGCAAUGGGCCGUCUACGAGUUUGCAGCCCGCGAAGCGUCCGCCUUCAGGCCCUGGAAUCCCGCUGGAUCGUGCAAACACAGAGAAGGGCAACCAUUGGUUCCGACUUAUCUGAGGCGAGGUCCGCCAGUUCUGCAGCACCCUGAGCGCGUGGUGCCAAUGUCGGAAUGCGAGCGCUUCGAGCCGCACUUCCAGCCGAACGUCGCACUCGCGCCCCUCACCACGGCUGCUGCGUCGACUCUACCUCCCGUGCCCCAGACACCGCCGAAUGGAUCAUCGAUCAUUAGCAAUUCGUUGCAUCCGCACCGGCCACAUCAUCGGCGACACCCUGCCACAACGUAUGGACCGGUGUCGAUGGUGUCCGAGCUUCUAUCAACAGCUGCGCAGCUACCAGAGCAAAAUGAGAAGUCGAGGAUGAAAGCAGCGGACCAGAGCUUCGACCCCACUGUGAGCGUGAAAAUCGAAAAGCCAUCGUCACCUUGUCCUGAAACUCACAGCGAGGAGGAGAGUAACGCCGACGUCACCUCGUCUACGUUGACGCCUGGAGAACACUGCCGUAUCGAAAACGGCGACUGCUCGUCACCAGAGCGCUGCGAACAUGCAAAUGCAACUCGUCAAUUGUGCCGGGACCUGGAGCAGCGCCUAAUCGAGAUCAAUGCGCCCCAGGAUACUCUCGACAUAACUAGACGCCUCGCAGAUGAAGUAGCUGCAAUCACUUCCAAAUUAGCAAAAAUUCAAAGUCAACUGCGACAGCUGCGAAGAAGUGAAGAGGAGAGGGCGGAAACUGCAGAGAGUGGCGAGCGUGGGCUUGCUACUGCCGCAACAAGUGAAAAGGCCGAGAGUCCAAAAAAUAAUGAGGAGGCCAGCACUGAAGACAGCGGUAGCGCGGCCGCCAGCCCCAAAAUGCAGGCCGGCGAGACUGAAGAUGCUGCCGAUGAUUAAACAUUAAGGAUAAGUGCUUCCUUUUCUUUGCUGGUUUUCCCGAAAUUGUCGUUUUUAACAGCAAAGAACAUUAAGCACUGAAUGCAAAGAACUACCGCGAUGAUUAAUUUCUCUUUCUAUUUUUUUGAAGAAUAUUUUGUACCGAAAAAAACUCGAGUCCAAUCGUAAUAACUGUUAUUAUAAUAAAUAUUCUACUUUUUCUGUAAUUAAAGUAUGAAUUAAAUUCUUUCUUGGUUAAAUUUUUUCUUGUAAGUACAGUUAGUCAGACAACUCCUGUACAAAAACAAUUUUGGGACUCUGGUUUUUUUAGUGUGUCCGUUUUUCAUGAAAUGAAAAUCAUAGUAUUUCAAUUAGCAUAUAUACUUUUUCGGAAGAUGUGAUUUAAAAAGUGAUACUUUAUUCUUAAUAACGAGUGCGUUAUUUAUUUUAUUGAAAUUCAAUGAUUUUCAUCCGGACUCAUUGAAAUUAAACUAAAAAAUUUUUUAAUGAAGUAAACUAUAUUGGCUGUAUAUGACAAAGCAGAGAAUAUUUACUUGGCAUGGUUACAGUUACUUCACAGUUUUUUUAUUGUAAGCAAACUUUAUCGGCAGUUUUUGUUUCGAUUAAAUGUAGAUAUUGUAAUAUAUUGGGAGAAAAAUAGAACUUAAUGUAGCGACGAUAAGGGGACAAACAUAUGUUCAUGCAUCGGGGAAAAGAAGCGGAAAAACACAUAACGCCUCGUACAUAAAUUAACUUUAUGCAUUGCGAUAUUGUUUAUUCAAUUUCGUUGUUUCAAACUUUUUUCUGUUCUGUUUUUCAUUACUUUAUUUUGUAACGAACUUGCAAUGGAUCCAAUUAAGUAAUCGAUACAGCGAAGAUUUAUUGUUGCUUUCCAAUGAAAUUUUAUGUGAAAACGGGAAAUAAUAUCAUAAUUGCAUAUUUGUAUAUAAACACUCUUCUCUCGUCAUAAAUUUAUAUUAAAUAUUACAAAUAAGAAGUAACAAUAACGAUAAUACGCGAAUUAUUACAAAUAAAAAGUACAAAAACCCUAGGUGCUAUGUCGUUACGCUAGGUACGAGUUCGAAUUUGAAUCGAACACGAAUGAAUUUUUUUCCAGCGACUCGUCUGAAAAAAAUAUAUAAUAAUAGUUAUACAUAAUAAUAAGUAUAAUAAUAACGAUGAAACAAAAGAUUGUGUCACGCGAAUAAUAAUUAUAAAAAAGGAAUGUAGCAUUAUCCAGCGGGUUAUUCAUGCAUACUUGUACAUCGCAUAAUUGUUUGGGCGUUUGGCGACGAAGCGCAGUUUAACAUUUUAUUAAGAGCUGCUCUUAUUUUGUAUAAACAGGCUGAGACUUCGCGCCCUUAUCAAUUGAGUGAUAAGAAGCUCCGUGGCUUUUUUGCCGUGCCGCGGAAGAAUCGGCUCUCAACACAUAGAAAAAGAAACGAGGCUCCGAGAGAAAAUGCGUGCCGCUGUUAGAAAGAAAAGAAUCUUUUAUAUCGUCGGCGUCGUUGACCUCUCGCACGCGUAAUCAUCUCCGGGCAAUAAUCGCGGCUCAACAUCGCGGUCUCGUAUAUGUAGGAAUCCGGUGAAGUGCCUGUUCAUUGGUGGCUGCUGCUUCGUGCCGAUAAAGCGUGCACUCGAAAGAUAACCGAUUGGUUUCUUCGAGUUGCAAACAAGACUUGCGCGGUUUAAAGGUUAUGUGUGUGUGCGUAGUUAUGUAUAUGUCCAUGCAAUAUAGCGUGUGCGUACGAGCGAGCGAAGUUUUUUGCCUGGUUGACCUUAUAUUCUCGAACUCCGCCAAUUUUAUCGAAUAAUCGUUUAUAUGGCUCCCGAUGAUGCGCUCUUACGAAUUUCACGAUACGCAGAAUAAGACGUAUCCUCCUCCGAGUUUGUCGAAUCGAAUGUAAGCGACUUUUCCUAUACGACACGAAAAUAAUUUUUUUUGUUUAUUCUCGCCAUCAUUAUUUUAAUAAAAAAAGUCUCAGUUUUACACUACAUCUUUUUUUAUUCACACCGUUCAUUUCACACUAGAUAAAUCUACAAUUUACGAAAACAUAAAUGUAUAAAAAAAAAAACCGUUAAACUGAUAAAACAUAAAUAAUUGUAAUAUAUGUACGCAUUUUAUGAAAUAUUUUGUACGAUAGAAAAUUUAUUUAAAAUAUUGAAUACCCAAGCAGUUGGACCAAGUAAAAUCUGCUUGGCGUGUGAGAUGUCCAUUUGCAAAGAAAAAUUAAUCUUAAAACGUCGCGUAAAUUAGUAAAAUAGAUGAAUUUCAUAUCAAUGAAAGAUCGUCUGGAUUUUCUCGAAGUUUCUUCUGAAGAAACGUUACGCGUACCGAUUGUUCUUCCAGUUUCGAGACUUAAACAGAAAAGAAAAACACGAGUACAACAACAUAGUCAAUGCUCGAUUUUAACGUAGAGAUAUCAGUGUUUGAUUGACGUCGGUUAGAUGCCUCGAAUCAUCUCUCAUUCGUUGAAAUAUAUUUAUUAAUGAAAAAUUGGUAUAUAUAACAGAUAGAAAAGAAUCUACCCUCGUCCUCUCUCACCCCCGCGACCCGCCUGUCCGAAAUUGAAUCGAGUCAAACCUUAUACUAUAUUCUAAUAGAAGAAGCGAUUGAAUAUGUAGCGAUUAACCGAUAAUAUUAUAGACUUUGUAAGUCGUACAUAUUUAUAUUUACAUAAAAGUACGAAGGAGAAGAUGGUUUAUAAUACUCGUUUGUGUAUUUUAACACACACCAACAUAUAUGCAAGUGCGGUAGUAGACUGCUUCGAAGAUCUCUCAUUGCGUAUCAAAACAUGUACCUAUGUUUUCGUGAAUAUUAUAUACGACAUACCCACGAACUCAUGAAAAUGUUUCUCGGUAGAUUUCUUGGUGAACGUCGACUGCUAGUUUUAUUCUUUCCUGCAUUUUAUUGUUUGUCCGUCUGGAACAGUGGGCUCUGUUUCCAGAAUCUUUAUACCAAAGUCAACAUUGUCAUUCACACCUACACAUAAACACGCAAUAUCUAUAUUUUAUAUUUCUACUCUUUUUAAACCUGUUCUAAACGAUCGAGACGCCAAGCAAAAAGGAAUGGGCAUAUACGAUGGUUAUAAUGAUAGAUUUUCAAAGCAAUCUUUGUAGAGAAACCUGGACAUAAUAAGUAACGAUGUAGCGAGCGAGAUGCAUACUGCUCAUUAUUACGUUCUGUGUAAAAGCAGGAAAAUUAAGUAAGCGAUGUACGAUUUAUAAUAUUACAAUAAUAUUAUAAGAAUUCCCACCUAAGUUACUUUUUCAUACACACAUACUCGGUUAUAUUAUAUUUAUCUACGGAACACGCAAAAUAAUGUAACAAUUGCAGUCUAUAUCUUAUGUACUACUUCGUUUUUCGUAUGGACUUUCGAGGUCUCAUACCUAUUAAGUAUACAUAACCAAUUUGAAAAAAUUGUUUUUCUUGUAAUCGCCCGACUGCCAUGACUUUGAGAAGCAUUUAAAGAUCGACGUUUCGCGCAACUUUCUUUGAAUCUGAAUUUUUCAACGAAAAUCAAUUCUUUCUGAAAUUUUACACUUUGGAGCAAUAAAAAGCAUCUUUAGAAAAAAAUUAUUAAAUUUUGGAAUGUGACGAGUAGACAAGAAACGUCUGUCCUCAAAUGUCUCUACAAAAGUAAUACUUGCGACGUUUUAUUUGUAUAGCUUAUUUAAGUCAAGUAAUUGAAAACUUUGCGAGGCACAUGUCCGAAAACCUCAUAAUAAUUUGUACAUAUAUACAUAAUGUCAAAGAAAAGGGAGGAUAAAUUAAUUCGAAUUCGGUCUACUUUUGUUUGUUGCGUCGACUCGAGACGGAUUUUUUAUAAAUAGCGCCAGAACCGUAAUGAAUGUUCAUAAGAAACAUUUUACAGAAUAUUUGUCGACAAAUGCAAAGUAUUAAUUGGUUCCUCCAAUAUGACGAAAAUCACGCGCGUCAAAGUUUUUUGACCAAUUACAAAAAAAGUCGCGUCAAAUUUUUAUUAGGCUUCCGAAGAAAAACGAGGCGUAGUUAGUAUCUUUAUUGUGAAUUUUAUGAAAACGCGGUUCAAAAUUUAAAAGGUAGAAAGACGCGGCAAAUAAGAACUCAGAAAACGUUAACGAAAAACGAGUAGCAAAGCGUCCUGGCGAUGGAUUCUUGGAACUUUUUUUGAAACUAACUUUUUGUGAAUUAUGUAUAAACUUUUGCAUUUCAAUAAUACCAUUUGUCGACCAAUUUUCUCAUACCAUGUUACGCAUUUUAUUUUCCUUUAUUUAUUUAUUUUUUUGCGUUAGCGCUGUGCAUAUUUUUAACGAUUCUGCGCUAUUUAAUCGAGGAAAUUGACUUCCUUUGAACACUUAAACGAUUAGUACCUGCAAUUGGCAUACGAAGCCUAGAUAUAAAAAUAAAGAAAUUGUGAUGAAAGUCUCAUUAACCGCAUAAUAUUGUAACAAAAGCGUACGCUUAAUAUGCAAACGAAAUAUCUAGUGCAAAUAUAAUGAUAUAUUCUUAAUUAAACAUAACCGGUCAUUAUUAACACUUAAAAGGCGGAGAGAAAUGUUUGUUUAAUUAUAUUGUCAACAGAGUUUUUAAAUUUCCUCAGCACUUUUUUCAUUAUCGUUUCAUUGAGGUGAAAAGUCGCACUUUAUAAAAAUAGCUAUAAUUAUAAAGGACAAAUUAUAGUAAUUUACAGUUUACAGAAGUCUGAAUAAGGAUUAAUUAAGAAUGCAUCUGAUGAUUUACAAAUUAUGUGUACUUCGAGUGAAUACUGGGUAACUUUCUUCAGAUUCAGAAAGUCUCGUGUAGUAUCGAGUUAAAAUUUUUGUAUAGUCACUUGAUUAUUACAGUUGUUACAUGCAGCACUGUAUAUCGUUGGUUUAAAAGCGAUGCCAAAAUUCUUCAUAUACAUAUAAUAAUAAUAUGUUCAAUAGUUUAUUUUCUCAUCGUAAAAUGCUCAAUAAUCAUUAACCUCGUCAUUAAGAACAAACUCAUGAAAAAAAAAUCAUGACAAGAGUAACGAGAGAGCGUCGCUUUGACUAUUUUACAUUUAAGUUCUAGGAUUGGUCGAAUGGCAUAGAUUCGUUAGAGAAGUCGUUUGAUGAAUUAGUUAUAAACUAUAUUGUUAAAGAACAUGAGUGUCAUUAAAUACAAAGUGCAAAGUGAAAAAAUA